UAAGAAGCACACAUUUACGAAGAAGAAUUCAAACACUCACUCAAUAAAGCACUAGCGAAAUAAUCCAAUAAAUUUUAAUUUAAUGUAUGUUAUUGCUUUCUAGAAAUCGAUUUUGUUUUCAAUGAUGAAGAAAUGUGUUCACCUCAUAUUAUUUGAAGUGAAUUUGAUGCUCUCUUGGUAAGAGUUUCAAGUUUAAGUUUUAGAGAGAAAGUGAUUAAUAGAUAGGGACACGACGUACAGCGGAAGAGAUCGAAAAGAUGGCGGGCAUUAGUUUGGACGAGAUCAAGAAGGAGAACAUUGAUCUGGAACACAUACCUUUGGAAGAAGUGUUUGCUCAACUACAAUGUUCGAGGGAGGGAUUGACGUCGACGGAGGCUGAAAAGAGGCUCCAAGUAUUUGGGCCAAACAAGCUAGAAGAGAAGACAGAGAGCAAGCUUUUGAUAUUCUUGGGGUUUAUGUGGAAUCCCCUUUCAUGGGUUAUGGAGAUUGCUGCUGUGAUGGCCAUUGUUUUGGCCAACGGAGAUGGCAAACCACCGGAUUGGCAGGAUUUUGUUGGAAUUAUGUCAUUGUUGAUCAUCAACUCCACCAUUAGUUUCAUCGAGGAGAACAAUGCAGGCAAUGCUGCAGCAGCUCUCAUGGCUGGCCUUGCACCCAAGACUAAGGUAUUGAGAGAUGGAAAAUGGAGUGAGCAAGAAGCCGCCAUCCUUGUGCCUGGAGACAUAAUUAGCAUCAAGUUGGGAGACAUUGUCCCAGCUGAUGCUCGUCUCCUCGAAGGUGAUGCUCUCAAGAUUGAUCAAUCCGCACUCACUGGUGAGUCGUUGCCAGUCACUAAGAACCCCGGGAGUGAAGUCUUUUCUGGUUCAACCUGCAAGCAAGGUGAAAUUGAGGCUGUCGUCAUUGCCACCGGAAUCAAUACUUUCUUUGGAAAGGCAGCACAUCUUGUCGACAGCACUCAGAACGUCGGCCACUUCCAGAAGGUGCUUACUGCCAUCGGUAACUUCUGCAUCUGCUCCAUUGCUGUUGGUAUCAUCAUUGAGCUUGUAGUUAUGUACCCAAUUCAGCAUAGGAAGUACAGGAGCGGAAUUGACAAUCUGUUGGUCCUUCUCAUUGGAGGAAUUCCUAUUGCCAUGCCAACCGUGUUAUCUGUAACCAUGGCCAUCGGAUCCCACAGAUUGUCGCAGCAGGGUGCUAUCACUAAGAGGAUGACGGCCAUUGAAGAAAUGGCUGGUAUGGAUGUUCUCUGCAGUGACAAAACUGGGACCCUCACUCUAAACAAGCUCACUGUCGACAAAAAUCUAAUUGAGGUAUUUUCAAAAGACGCUGACAAGGAUCAUGUGAUCCUUCAGGGAGCUAGAGCAUCGAGGGUGGAGAAUCAGGACGCAAUUGAUGCUUGCAUUGUUGGAAUGUUGGCUGAUCCCAAAGAGGCAAGAGCAGGGAUUACUGAGGUGCAUUUCCUUCCAUUCAAUCCUGUGGAGAAGCGUACUGCUAUUACUUAUAUUGACAGUAGUGGAGAUUGGCACAGAGUGAGCAAAGGUGCUCCUGAACAGAUCAUUGAACUCUGUAACCUCAAGGAAGACGUAAAGAAGAAAGCUCUCUCGAUCAUUGACAAGUUUGCUGACCGUGGACUUCGUUCUUUGGCUGUUUCAGAACAAACCGUACCAGAGAAGACCAAGGAGGGUGCUGGAAGCCCAUGGGUGUUUACAGGUCUCUUGCCUCUUUUUGAUCCCCCGAGACACGACAGUGGGGAGACAAUCAAGCGUGCUCUUCAUCUUGGUGUCAACGUUAAGAUGAUUACUGGAGAUCAGCUGGCUAUUGCCAAGGAGACUGGCCGAAGGCUUGGAAUGGGAACGAACAUGUAUCCUUCGUCCUCACUUCUCGGACAGCACAAGGAUGAAGCAAUUGCCAACCUUCCUGUUGAGGAGUUGAUUGAGAAGGCUGAUGGAUUUGCUGGAGUUUUUCCUGAACACAAAUACGAGAUUGUGAAGAAGUUACAAGAAAGGAAGCAUAUUUGUGGAAUGACAGGAGACGGAGUGAAUGAUGCCCCAGCUCUAAAGAAGGCCGACAUUGGCAUUGCAGUGGCCGAUGCUACUGACGCUGCGAGAGGUGCAUCGGACAUAGUCUUGACUGAGCCGGGAUUGAGUGUCAUCGUGAGCGCAGUGCUAACGAGCAGGGCCAUCUUCCAGAGGAUGAAGAACUACACGAUCUAUGCAGUUUCCAUUACCAUUCGUAUUGUGCUUGGUUUCAUGCUCCUUGCACUCAUCUGGAAGUUUGAUUUCUCGCCUUUCAUGGUUUUGAUCAUCGCAAUCCUCAACGACGGAACCAUCAUGACCAUUUCCAAAGAUAAGGUGAAGCCAUCGCCUAUGCCUGACUCGUGGAAGCUAAGGGAGAUUUUUGCCACUGGGAUUGUGUUUGGCACUUACCUUGCAGUAAUGACUGUUGUUUUCUUCUGGGCUGUUCAAGAAUCUACUUUCUUCACGGAUAAAUUUGGUGUGAGACCAAUCAAGGACCAUUACCAUGAGCUCAACUCGGCCGUAUAUCUUCAAGUGAGCAUUGUGAGUCAGGCUCUCAUCUUUGUGACUCGAUCAAGAAGCUGGUCUUACAUAGAACGCCCCGGUCUUCUCCUCGUGUUUGCUUUCCUAGUAGCUCAGUUGAUUGCAACUUUGAUUGCUGUGUAUGCAAACUGGGAGUUUGCAAGAAUCAAGGGCAUUGGCUGGGGUUGGGCGGGGGUGAUCUGGUUAUACAGCCUCGUCUUCUACAUCCCUCUCGACAUGUUCAAGUUCAUAAUCAGAUAUGCUCUCAGCGGCAAAGCCUGGAAGAACAUGAUUGACAAUAGGACGGCCUUCACGUCCAAGAAGGACUAUGGCAGGGGAGAAAGGGAAGCGCAAUGGGCAAUGGCGCAACGCACUCUCCACGGCCUCCAAGCUCCAGAGAGUUCCGACGUCUUCAAAGACAACAACAACUACAGAGAACUCUCCGAGAUAGCCGAACAAGCCAAGAAACGGGCUGAAGUUGCAAGACUUCGGGAGCUCCACACCCUCAAGGGGCACGUUGAGUCCGUGGUCAAGCUCAAGGGUCUCGACAUUGAGACGAUACAGCAGAAUUACACAGUGUGAGAAGAAGAAGAGAGAGCGAGAGAGAGAGUGGAAUGCAGUGGAGCUGUGCAGAUGCUGGAAUAAAGGGGGAGGAAACAAUAGAGAGGUAGAAAAACUAGAGUUGAUUCAUUGUUUUUGGUGCAGUAGUGCUUAAUUAACACACACUGCAAUCUUUUUUCCAGUUUAUGUUAGUUUUGCAAGGUUGAAUAAUAGCGCACGCUGAGCGAUUAAUUGGGCCAGCAGUGAUGUAUUCUUUCUUCUUGAUCGAUGUGUUUUUAAUGCUGUUUAUGAGA